AUGGUGAAAUUUGACAUUAAGGAGGAUCGAGAGAAAGUUAUCAAUGGCGGCCCAUGGAUGAUUUUUUAUCAUUAUCUUGCGGUGUCGACAUGGAGCCCAGAGUUUAUCUCGCCGGCAGCAAAGGUGACCAAAACACUGGCCUGGGUGAGAAUUCCAUGUUUGAAUGUCUUGUUCUAUGAUGAAAGCUACCUCCUUUCAGUAGCUAGGGCGAUUGGCAACCCAAUCAAGGUUGACAGGAACACGCUAAAAAAGGAUAGAAGGCGCUUUGCACGUAUCUGUGUUGAACUAGACCUUACUCAAGCAAUUGUCGUUAAAAUCUGCAUUGAAAACUUCUGGUACAAGAUUGAGUAUGAGGGCCUCCACAUGAUCUGUAUGAAGUGUGGAUGCUAUGGUCAUAUGAGUAGGGAGUGUACCGCCACGAUGCCGGUGGAGGUGACGGAGAAGACACCACCUCAACCACAAGAAGGAAAUCCUCCUAACCCUAGUCAUGAGACGGCGCCACCGUCCAACGGAGGAGGCUCCCCAAUCGCAUCUGAAAAGGAAACUUCAAAUUCCAUGGACAUUAGUGUAACGGCUGACGAAAUUGCAGGUGAACUUAAUGAAAAGGAAUCCCAAAACGUGGCAGGUGCGAAAAAAGUGGUUGUUAAUUUGGAAGAUAAUUUUGAAAUUGUUGGGGAAUGGAUGACGGUGGUUAAGAAAAAGAAGAAAAGCCCACCGAAAUCUCAGGGGAAGAAAAAAGACGAGAAUCUGCUGCAUAAUAAGGGAACUAAUAAUGGGAAAUCAAUGCUCUCCGACGGCUUGUGGAAACCAAGGGAAUCUAGCUCAAGGAGCGCGAAUCACACGAGGCAGGCUAUGGUCUUCUCUGCAGUAAAACCUUCCCAUGUGGGGCCACAAACCACAGUCACAAGCAAUAAGCGCUCACGUGUCGAGGAUGGCUCCCAUGGAAGUCACCAAAAGGAAGUAGGGGACCCACACCAACCUGGGAAGAAUCAGGACCAAUCAUUGGCAAUUGUGAGCGGGACCCUUGAGCAAAACAAAGACAGCAGUCAACUCCAGGAUAUGGGGCAUGAGAGUUUAAGAAGAAUGGGUGCCUCAGCGUGCAUGCAAGCCCAGGUGGAACAUGCACAACAUUCCCAUGAAACAUAG